GCGGAGGAGCUUGCGCGCGCAGCUCGGGUGUGGGUCGAGAGGGGGCAGCGUGCGGCCUGGCUCGGCGGCGCUCGGCCGCGCUGCAGUGUGACGCGGCGUUACGUCACCGCCGCACGUAAAGAGGGGCCCGCGAAACAUUCGCGUAGCGACCGCCACGCCGCUGCUGCCGCACCCAGCUCGUGCAGUGCGCGCUGCACGGUAUCGCUGCACCGGCGCGUGUCGGCGCUAGUGUGA